CGCCGUUUAGGGUCUUAUUUAUAUCAGGAGGCAAUCGCUCAUGAAUGCUGCACGAGAUCUUGGUCAUCAUUCCCCAUUCCUGAGCUUUGCGGUGCGGUCUCGUCGCUCGCAUUUCCUUAUCUAUUUCACUGGUGCUGCCUCACGCUCUCUAGACUCUUUUUCUUCAGUUUAAUUAUUGUAUUGCAUUGAUCGGUCGAUGGUGUCUCACCCUAUCUUUGUGUCUCACUGCUCGCCCCAGACAAUAGUAUUCUCAGUUGACAGGACAACGACUACAUUUUUUAUCCUGCUGGCAGGACAACUUCAUCCCACAUUCUUUACGUUGGGGAACAUUCAGGAAACUCUAGCUUGGCAUCUACGUCCUACGAUCUGCUCAUAACUCUGCCGUCUCGCCUUGCCUCGCUCUCUUCGUGCUGUCGGCGUCUUCCACCUUUCUCUUCUAUUCUGAAUUCAUAAUCACCACUUUCCACAAUCAUGGAUCUCAACCGAACAGCGCUGCAAGAGUUCAUCGCCCAGCCGGUCUCGCGGGACAUGGUUGCUUACCUGGCCCAGCAGGCUGCACUGGUCAUCCGGUGCGAGUCUCAUGUGACAACAACUGCUUCCACACAAACUGUGCAUGGCCAGCAUACACCUCCCAGCACUCCGCCGAUGGAUGCUGCUGAUCAGCAGCUCCCAAGGUUGCCGUCGGUCGAAGCCUUCAUUACCUCCCUGGUCACUCGCUCCCAGGUCCAGGUGCCGACGCUCAUGACAACCCUCGUCUACCUCGCUCGUCUGCGUGCCCGCCUACCCCCAGUUGCAAAGGGUAUGCGCUGCACCGUCCACCGCAUCUUCGUUGCCUCGCUCAUCCUGGCGGCCAAGAACCUGAACGACUCGAGCCCUAAAAACAAGCACUGGGCCCGAUACACAGUCGUUAAGGGCUACGAGGGCUUUAGCUUCUCCCUCCCGGAGAUCAACCUGAUGGAGCGCCAGCUUCUAUUCCUGCUGGACUGGGACACCCGCGUCACUGAGGCAGACCUCUUCCUGCACUUGGAACCCUUCCUCGCCCCGAUCCGUCAUCGUCUCCAGCAACGAGAAGCGAAGAUGCACCAACCCCGCGAGUGGCACCGGUUCCAAGCAUCCGCAGAGCUGCUAGCCUGCCGUCUUCGCCGGCAAAAGCUGGAGGCCCGUCUAGAGGCCCGCCGUCGACUCCCUCCAAGCCCGCAGCCCUCUGCCUCUCUCUCGUCAGUGUCGUCUUCUUCAAGUCUGCAAAGCGAUGCCGCUGUAUCCGCACCCGAUUCUGAUCGGUACCAGCCCUACCCUCCUCGUCGACGACCCUCCAACCGUAGUCGUCACUCAGUGUCCCCCCCUUCGAUCCAGGAAAUUCCCGGCUUGUCACGCACUGAAACAGUACCCACGCUUUGCUCGCGCUCAUCAAGCGUUGCUCCCAGUACAAGAAGCAACACACCGGCUAGCCUGCGACCGUCUAGCUCAUACAACAGUAUGGACCAGGAAAUUCAGGUUGUCGAUGUAUCGCGCAGCCCAGGCCUGAGCAGUGGAUACGUCCACCUUCCUUCCAGCACUAUGAUGGUCCCGCUCCCCGCAGAUGUGGCAAUGGCAAAAGGAGACGACAUUGCGGUGCAGCAGCCGAGCAAGAAAAUGCGAAUGAGCGGCCAUAGUGGCAGCAGCGGCUUUGUGGCGCGGUUCUUGGCGUCGGCGACGGGAACCUAUAUGGGCCACCGGAUGCGGCCUCGCGUUUAG